UGAUUGGCUGCUGAGAGGAGCUGAGCGGUGAUUGGCUCCUGAGAGGGGCGUGCAGCUGUGACGUCAGAGAGCAGAGUAAAGAUGGCGGCGGUGACCAGAGGCUCCUUCAGGAUGCUCCAACAGCUGCUGAGUCAGCAGUACCGUCGUCGAUGUUUCCGGCUGCAGAACUUCAGAUCUGACAGAACUGUGCAGCCGCUCACCUUCAGAUGUGACCGAAACCUCCAGAUGUUCAGCAGCAGGACGCUGUACACCACCACCGUGACUCGAGGACCAAUCGUCCAGUUCAAACUGUCUGACAUCGGAGAGGGAAUCAUGGAGGUGACGGUGAAGGAAUGGUACGUGAAGGAGGGCGAUAAGGUGUCCCAGUUCGACAGUAUCUGUGAGGUCCAGAGCGACAAGGCGUCCGUCACCAUCACCAGCCGCUACGACGGAGUCAUCAAGAGACUCUACUACGACGUGGACGCCACCGCCUUAGUGGGAAAACCACUGGUGGACAUCGAGACAGAGUCCAGUUCAGAGGUGAUCCAGGAGGAGGACGUGGUGGAGACGCCUGCCAUGGCUCGAGAAGAACACACCCACCAGGAGAUCAAAGGACACAAGACCCAGGCCACGCCCGCCGUCAGGCGCCUCGCCAUGGAGAACAACAUUAAGCUCAGUGAGGUGGUGGGGACGGGGAGAGACGGACGGAUCCUGAAAGAGGACAUCCUGAACUUCCUGGCGAAGCAGACCGGAGCCAUCAUACCUCCGACCCUGUUCCAGGAGAUCCAGACUCCGGCCCCCCCCCCUGCCGCUGCCGGUGCCGCUGCCGCUGCCACUGCUGCUGCUGCCAGGCCUGUGAGCACUACGGCAGCCAUCAAACCUGCACCCACCACCCCCAAACCUGUCUUCACCGGCAAGGACGUCACCGAGCCCCUCAAAGGUUUCCACAGAGCGAUGGUGAAGACGAUGACGGCGGCGCUGAAGAUCCCUCACUUCGGGUACUGUGACGAGGUGGACCUGAGCCGCCUGGUGUCUCUGAGAGCUGAACUCAGAUCCAUGUCUGAAGGUCGAGGGGUCAAACUGAGCUACAUGCCUUUCUUCAUCAAGGCUGCCUCCCUCAGCCUCCUCCACUUCCCAAUCCUGAACGCCUCCGUGGACGAAGGCUGCCAGAACAUCACCUACAAGGCGUCCCAUAACGUGGGCCUGGCGAUGGACACCAUGCAGGGUCUGCUGGUUCCCAGCGUGAAGAACGUCCAGCUGCUCAGCAUCUUCCAGAUCGCUCAGGAGCUGAACCGUCUGCAGGUGCUCGGAGCUGCAGGUCAGCUGGGAACCAACGAGCUUAGCGGGGGAACCUUCACCCUGUCCAACAUCGGAUCAAUCGGAGGGACGUACACCAAACCGGUCAUUCUUCCUCCUGAAGUCGCCAUCGGAGCUCUGGGAAAAAUCCAGGUUCUUCCUCGGUUCGACGCCGGCGGUCAGGUGGUCCGAGCUCACAUCAUGAACGUCAGCUGGUCGGCGGAUCAUCGCGUCAUCGACGGAGCCACCAUGUGUCGGUUCUCCAACCUGUGGAGGGAUUACCUGGAGAACCCGGCCAGCAUGGUUCUGGACCUCAAGUAAACAGAGACAGAGAACUUUUUCCCAUCAGCCCCGGGGAGGACCUCUAUUUCUCCUCCCGCCGCCAUUGCUUCGUCUUCCCGGUCGAGGCCUUCGCAUUCACUCACUGUUGUUUCCUUGUUGCCUUGGAGCGAGGCGCCGGGAGGAGGAGGGGUCAGCCUGUCAAUCAUGUUGUUUCCAUGACGACCAGACACACACACACUCAAAGGUUAAAGGUUAAAGGUCGUCAGUUUGUUCUUAAUGUUUCAGUUAAUUAAUCACAAAUCAUGUUUUUAUUACUGAUGAUGACCGGCACCAAGACCGGUUCACAUCCAGGAGACCAGGAGACCAGGGAACUGGUAAACCAGUGACCUGGUAAACCAGUCAACCAGUGACCUGGUAAACCAGUCAACCAAUGAACUGGUGAACCAGUCAACCAAUGAACUGGUGAACUAGUCAAUCAGUGAACUGGUGAACCAGUCAACCAGUGACCUGGUGAACUAGUCAAUCAGUGAACUGGUGAACCAGUCAACCAGUGACCUGGUGAACUAGUCAACCAGUGAACCGGUGAACCAGUCAACCAGUGACCUGGUGAACCAGUCAACCAGUGACCUGGUGAACCAGUCAACCAGUGAACUGGUGAACCAGUCAACCAGUGACCUGGUGAACCAGUCGACCAGGGAACUGGUGGACUUUUAGUGUCCCUUUUGUUUUCUGUGUGUGUGUCCUGGUUGGUCAUCCAACUUCGAUCCAGAUCCAGGUUUUGUAAGCUUAACAUUUGAGUUCUUCUGAACCUGGACGUGGAUCAAGAACCAGCAGCUGGUCUGAGAUCAGAUCCUGUUCCACAUUUAACAGUUUGUAGUUAUUAAACUGAAACAUUGAAAACAUUGAAACGCUCCAUAUGUUCUAUGAGGAAACAUUCUCUGUAGAACCAGACCCAGUAGAACCAGACCCAGUAGAACCAGAUCCAGUAGAACCAUGAUCCAGUAGAACCAGAUCCAGUAGAACCAUGAUCCAGUAGAACCAGAUCCAGUAGAACAAGAUCCAGUAGAACCGGAAUCAGGAAUCCGGAAUCAGAAUCUGAUCUAACCGGUUCCUGUCGGACCUUCAAUAUCUUUUAAAUAUUAUUUAGUAGCUGCAGUCUGAUCACCUGGAUUCACACCUGGUUCUAACCCGUCUGAGGUGGGCGGAGCCAGCACACCUGGUUCUAACCCGUCUGAGGGGGGCGGAGCCAGCACACCUGGUUCUAACCCGUCUGAGGGGGGCGGAGCCAGCACACCUGGUUUUAACCCGUCUAAGGGGGGCGGAGCCAGCACACCUGGUUCUAACCUGUCUGAGGUGGGCGGAGCCAGCACACCUGGUUCUAACCUGUCUGAGGUGGGCAGAGCCAGCACACCUGGUUCUAACCUGUCUGAGGUGGGCGGAGCCAGCACACCUGGUUCUAACCUGUCUGAGGUGGGCAGAGCCAGCACACCUGGUUCUAACCUGUCUAAGGGGGGCGGAGCCAGCACACCUGGUGUCUGUCAGGUGGGGGGUCAUGUGACCAAAUGUGAUUGACGGAGCUCGGUUCAGAGAUGAAUGAAAUCAUGAUUCUGGUUCUGAUCCGAUUGUUUGUUUGAGGCCUCGUUUACACCAGAAAUCAACUCUAGGUUAUUAUCAUUAUCUAAAUAUUCAAUAAGAAGACAAGAACACAGUGUCUCCCUCUCUGUACUGGAUCAGAACCAGUUCCUCUAUCUGAUCUCUGUACUGGAUCAGAACCAGUUCCUCCACCUGGUCUCUUUACUGGAUCAGAACCAGUUCCUCCACCUGGUCUCUGUACUGGAUCAGAACCAGUCCCUCGUCUGUCCUCUGCACAGUCUCGUUGUGAUAAAAACUGACAGAUAUCAAACUGAAGUGUAAAUAAUCUGAGUUCUGGUUCCUGCUGCUCUGGUAGAGGUCUACCUGUAGACUUGAUCCUCGUGGUCUGACCCGUCUGUUCCUAUGCUGAGUUCUGGUUCCUGCUGCUCUGGUAGAGGUCUACCUGUAGACCUGAUCCUCGUGGUCUGACCCGUCUGUUCCUAUGUACUGAACCUGUUCCAGAACCUCUCUCUAAUGUUUGUAGAUAUGGAAGUGAUCCCGGAUCAGGACCUUCCUCUCUGUCCCGGUGGCUGCUGGGUAACGGGCUCCUGGUGUUGGUCGUCUGUUACUCCUCGUGUGUUUUUGUUUUUAGCGACAGACUCAAAGUGUAAUAAACUAACGUAGCUUUUUGUAUUCUUGGGAGCGUGUGGAUCUGAAAUGAUUAAACUUGGUGAAUAAAGCUGAAGUGCACAAACUGGA